CCCAUCCCCCAUGCUGUGUAUCUAUAUAAUCUGACCUCCUCCACCCCCGCCCAUCUCAUUUCCACCAUCAAAACCUCGUUACUUACACAUACUAAUUAAGGUUAGUUUGUGUUUGAAACACUGAAAGUCUCAUAUAUAUCAUGUCACUCAUCACUCAGAUUCUUGCAUGUUUCUUCUCUCUCUUCUUUCUUGCACACGGCGGUGAUGAAGACGGAUGGAGUCAGGCUCACGCCACUUUCUACGGCGGCGGAGAUGCUUCCGGCACUAUGGGCGGGGCAUGUGGGUAUGGGAAUUUGUACAGUGAAGGGUACGGUACAAACACGGCUGCGUUGAGUACCACACUGUUCGACGAGGGGCAGAGGUGUGGGGCUUGCUUUGAGCUGAAAUGCGUGAACGAUGAGCAGUGGUGCCUCCGGAACUCAAUCGUGGUGACGGCGACGAAUUUCUGCCCGCCAAACGACGCCUUACCCAACGACAAUGGCGGGUGGUGCAACCCUCCCAACCACCACUUUGAUCUCUCACAGCCUGUCUUCCAAAAACUCGCCAAAUACCAAGCUGGGAUUGUCCCCGUUCUUUACCGAAGGGUAGCAUGUCAAAAGAAGGGAGGCAUUCGGUUCACCAUCAACGGCCACACUUACUUCAAUCUCGUCCUGAUCACCAACGUCGCCGGCGCCGGCGACGUCCAAUCCGUCUCCGUCAAGGGUUCAAACACUGGCUGGCAACCAAUGUCCCGUAACUGGGGCCAAAAUUGGCAGAGCAGCUCCAACCUCGACGGCCAGAGCCUCUCCUUCAAGGUCACCACCAGCGACGGCCGCACCGUCACCUGUAACGACGUCGUCCCGUCCCAUUGGUCCUUCGGCCAAACAUUCACCGGCGCCGGACAAUUCACUUAAACAACUCUACAAGUGUGUGUAUAUAUAUAUGUAUGUAUAUCAGAGUCGUCAUUAUGAGUCAGAGAUGUUAUAUGCUGCGGUUAGGUGUUUUAUACUCGAGAUGGUUGGUUGAUCACUGGCCGUCCGAGCCUAACUAGCAGACAA